UCCAAAAUGGCUUACACACUAUCCGAAAGAGUGGAAAUUAUUCUAAUUUAUGGUACCCAAAAUCAAUGUGCUCCGCAAACUGCCGUCACGUUUAACGCCAGACAUCCGGAGAAGAUAAUUUCGCAUAGGUAUGUUUUGGACCUUGUUACUGAGUUUACCGAAACUGGAUCUGUUGCAAAUAAAAAACGUGAUCAUCGGCGAAUUUUGGACGAAGCCGCUCAAGUUGAAGUUUUGGGUCAUUUUGGAAUAAAUCCUAAUACUCCAUUACGCAAAAUUGUUGCUGCCACUGGUAUUUCAUUAGGCUCUGUUCACACAGUUAUCAAACUUCAUGAAUUUCAUCCAUUCAAAAUAAAAAUAUUGCAAGAGUUAAGCGAAGACGAUUUCGAUAGGCGGGUUGAGUUUUGUGAAAAAAUAACUGAAGCGAUUAAUGAUAAUACUAUUCAUGUAAAGAAUAUCUGCUUCAGCGAUGAAUGCAUAUUUUAUCUAAAUAGAUUUCUAAUAAGCAUAACUGUAGAUAUUGGAGCAAUGAAAAUCCUCAUGCAUUUGUAGAAGGUCAUACCCAGUACCCUUAAAAAAUUAUGUAUGGGCAGGCGUAGGCUUAGGAAAUAAAGUGAUUGGGCCAUUAUUUAUUAACGGAAAUUUAAAUAGAAACAUUUAUUUGGAUAUGUUGGAAAAUACCAUCAAUCCGCUUAUCACUGAAUCCAUUGAAAACCAAAUCGAUGAUGAUGGAAACCCUAUACUUGAUGAGGCUGAAAUAUAUUUCCAGCAAGACGACGCUCCUCCUCACUAUGUUCUUCCCGUUCGGCAAUGGCUAGACAACGAGUUUCCAGAUAAAUGGAUAGGGCGAAGGAGACCUAUAGAAUGGCCUGCUAGUUCUCCUGAUAUAACGCCGUUAGACUUUUUUCUAUGGGGUCAUUUGAAAUCUAUUCCAUCAUCUAAUCCAAGAAUAACACCCCACCUUUCACGCCUUUCUCCCGUGCGCACCAUUCGUCCAGCGUUAGUUUGAAGUCGACCGUCGCUCGUGCUGUUACUUUUGUUUCUCGCAUUUUUCUCAAUUCGCUACGCUUUCAGUGAAUAUUAAUAAUAGUUGUGCCUUUAUUUUGGACGCGGUAGUGAUGGAUUUGGAUAGACCAGAUUGCCAAGGUCCCUCGGGAGUAAAACUAGUGACCCGUAGAAACAUGUUCGACCGUAUGCAGGCCCUGGGUCUACCAAGUUUGGAAGAAAAACUAAAUUCUUUGAAGGAUCAAAUUUUGUCCUGUGACAAUUUUACAGAAGAUCAAAUUGAAAGUUUUAAAGCCAGUUUUGCACGUUUUAAAUCACAAACGAAGCAAAGGUGGGUAAAGGCCCAUAAGAAGGAAGACGUGUUUUUAAAAUACAAUCAAUCAUGGUUAGAAGGAACUAUUGAAAUUCCCGUGGUUAUUCAAAAAAGGCCAGGCCGACCACCUAAGAUGUUUGAAGAAUCAAGUGAAAGGACUAAAAGAAGAAAAACCGAAGAAAUACGGGCUUCAUUAGCCAAGGAAUUUAUCAUUCAUGCUGCUCAGGUUGAGUUGCGAAAAAGCGGAAAACGCGAUGCUUCCGACAUACUAAAGGAAAUAACCACAAGUAGCCCGUUACGUGCUACGAAAUAUAAGAAGGCGUUUUCAGAAACAAAAACCAAAGAGCCUACCCAACUUGCUCCAUUGGAGGCGCUAUCAAUGUUUGUGGAAGCAGAUUUAACUCGAAGACAAUAUAAGGUAAUCCGAAAUACGAACAAAAAGUUUUUUCCUUGUUACAGUCUUUUACAAAAAGAAAAACAAAAAUGUUACCCACCAACAGAAGAAUGCAACGUAACCAAUAGCAGUGCCGAAAGUAAUUUGCAAGCUUUGGUUGAUCUCACCGUAAUGCGUUUAUCUACCUACCUGAACGAAGUCCUAAUAACGCUGAGAGAGGAAGAAAAAGACAGUUUAAAGGUUAUUUGCAAAUGGGGCUGUGAUGGCUCACAACAAUGUCAAUUCAAACAAACAUUUGAAAAUGACGCCGACUCAGGCGCUAACAUAUUUCAAAGCUGUUUUGUACCUCUAAGACUAGUUUGUGGUAAAGAAGGUAAAAAUAUAGUCUGGGAAAAUCCUACUCCCUCAUCUCCCAGGUACUGUAGACCAAUAAGGUUUCGAUUCGUAAAAGAAAGUACAGAUGUUACGCAGGAAGAAAUUGAGUAUAUAAAUAAGUCUAUACAGGGACUUCAACCAACACGUGUUAAUUUACAAGAAAAAGAAUUGUUAGUUAGGCAUGUCUUUAUCAUGACAAUGGUGGAUGGAAAGGUCUGCAAUGCAGCUACAGGCACUAAAUCAACCAGCAAGUGCUAUAUAUGUGGUGCAACCUCCAAAGAAUUUAACUAGUUAAAUCUAGAAAAGCCAGUCUGUUCUGAAGCUUUAGAGUUUGGACUCUCAAUUUUACAUGCGAGAAUUCGCUUUUUCGAAACUAUCCUCCACUUGGCAUAUAAAUUGCCGGUGAAAAAAUACAGAGAACCAAAGACCGAAACAGAAAAAAGUAUGGAAAAGGAGAGAAAGCUGGAAAUUCAGGAAAGAUUUCGCCGAGAAACUGGACUCUUAGUGGAUAUGCCAAAGGCUAAUUUCGGCAAUACAAAUGACGGCAACACGAGCAGGAGGUUUUUCGAGGACCCAAAACUGUCAUCAGAAAUAACUGGCAUUAGCUAUGAGCUAAUCUAUAGACUAAAAGUAAUUUUGAAAGUAAUUUCAAGUGGUUAUAUAAUUAAUCAUGAAAAAUACAACAUAUAUGCAUUGGAAACUGCUAGGUUAUAUGUUAGUUUGUACCCUUGGCACCCAAUGAGUCCAACUAUGCAUAAAGUACUUAUUCAUGAUGCAGUUAUAAUAAAAAAUGCAUUAUUGCCCAUUGGACAGCUCUCCGAAGAGGCUGCAGAAGCCCGAAAUAAACAUUUCCGAGCAUACCGUCAAGAUUUUGCCCGAAAAUUCUCCAGGAAGGACAGCAACAGGGACAUUUUUAAUCGGCUUCUUUUAAGUUCCGAUCCGGUAUUAAGUGGCAUAAGGAAAGUAAACAGAAGAAAAUUGGGAUCUUUUCUACCAGAAACCAUAACACUUCUGAUGCCUGCCAGUCCUCCAGACAGCGUAACUACUGCAGAUCCAUCAGACAGCGAAGAUGAUAUUUUAUUUGACGAAUGUUAGUUUUUUAUCAUUAUUAAUUUUAUUAUCAUUAAUUUUUUUUAUAUUAAAUAUACUUGACUUAUUAAAAUAAGAUGUUAUUUACUUUAAAAUAUCCUUUGGCAUAGAUAAAAACAAAAAAAUAAAAAUUUUGGCCGCAUAGAUUAAUGAAAUACCCCUAUGUGCGACGGCUGCCAUGAUUUCCCACAACAUGUUUUUGAAAAUGUCCGUCAGGAAUUUGAACAUCGCCUAUAUCAUUGUUUGGCCAAAAACGGGCAACAUUUUGAACACUUAUUGAAAUAAAAACUGAUAUUUUGAUGUUUUUGUUUUCUAUCUGAAGAAAUUAAGAUAACAAAGAUUUUUCUAAUUUUCUCGAAAACGAAUCGACCGAUUAAAAAAAAUCAAACGUCAAAAUAAAAGACUUCGAAAGACCCUUUAAACAAAAGUUAUUAGCGUUUAUGUGUCGCAAGUCGGAACCUCCACCAUUUUUUCUUGAUGCGUUCUUACAAUACGCUUUUAACAAGCUAUUACUUGAUACCCCUUGCCAUUUAAAAUUUUUAAGAGGAUGACCUUGGGGGGCAAUGAGUGAAAGGGGGUGAAGUAAUUUUAGGUUAGAAAGUUGUCCCCCUUGACAAACCUUUGGACGUAUUUCGGCGUUUUUUUUUAACAGUGGUUUUCGAUAAAUCCGUGGUGGGAAGUCUUCAAAUGAACAUUCUGUAUAUACCUGUGAUAACCAUAUUAAAAGUCGUAUAUAUAUUGUCUGUAAAGCAAAAUACCUACCUAAAUUUGUAAUAGGGUUAAUUGCUUUAUGAAUGUUCACGACUAUUAGGGGAGUGUAAGGCAAAAUGGCAUACUUUGUGUUUAAGACCGCAUAAUUUUUUUUCAAAAAAUGUUAAACGCAUUAUUCUAAUGUUUAAAAUAUUAUUGGUGUAUGUAAACUAUAUAUAAAAAAGUUUAAGACUAAAAGCAGGUCACGUUCACCAGAAA